UGGCCCCGACGUCACACAUUGUUUGGCUACAGUUCGAACUACAGGUUGUUGAACUAAACUGAAAGGCUUUUGAAAAGCGUCUCUAAAACCUUCAGGUUUGCGUUCAGACAGAGACGAGGACGCCGUGUUUAAAUAAAACCUUUGGGUUCGGUAGUGUAAAGGCAGGGGGUUAAAUGUCCCUAAAGUAAGAAAUAAAUAUAAACUAGCAAUGAUAACUAGCAACCGGCGAAGUUAACCUUUUAGUGUUAGCUGUUAGUGCUCCGUCCAUCGGAUACUAGGAUGGAGGUGUCUGUUAAAGGGAGGGCCAAAAGGAAACGUCUAAACGCACAAGAAUGUGAGGAGCUGGGUCGAAGUGAGGAUGGAGCCGAUCCCCUCACUAGACCCCAGACGUCGCAUGGCAGCAGAGAUCCCAACAGGGGGCUUUACCCCAGAACCCCCAGAAAGCAACGAAGGAAAGCAGCAUCCAUUAUAGGAAGUCCGUCUGGGCGACAGAAGGCCAUUAACGACUUUUACUCUGUAGAAAAAGUUCUAAGUUCCAGUCCGAACAAACCAUGUGUGCCGUCUACAUCGAAACCCCCCCCUGGCUCUUGGGUCAUACCUGAAGAAGAAGAAGAGGAAGACGAUGACGUGAGCCUGUUGGCUACUCCGAUUGAAGCUAAACCUGUAGCAGAGGAAGCAGAUGAGAUCGAUGACGAUAGUCUGCUGCCUGCUGAAAGUCUCCCAGAGGCUGAGGAGAUCCCCCCCGCUAAUGCCCAGCUGGGAGACACCGCGACGACGGAUUAUCUGGAGGGGAUGACGGCAGAGAUGUUUGGAGACGACGAGGAGUUUGAAGAGGAGGAGGUGGAGCCUCUUCCUGAUGCCCACUUUGGACUGAUUGGCAGCGGAAAGGUGUUGCUCCAACCACAGGGCCGCAUAGAUGACCUUCCAGAGGAGGUGCUGAGGGAGGUGCUCUGUCUGGUCCCUGCUUCAGACCUCUAUCGCAGCGUCAGCCUGGUGUGCCAUCGCUGGAGGAACAUCGUUCUGGACCCUAAGUUUGUGCCUUUUAAGAAGCAGUACUAUCGCUACAUGAUGAAUGAAAAGGAGACGGUGCAGGAGAUCUGCUCCACGCUGAAAAACAGCAACAUCAGCAGCCCCGCGCCCUCAGAGCACAGCAUCCGCAGCCUGGUGGUGUUAAUGGCUCAGCAUAAAGUCGGAGAGCGCGUGGUGCCGGAAGACAUCCUGGCCUGCGUAAAGAAACAUCGUCUUUUCCCGCAGGCCGAAGCCUCCGUCAGGUUACGCAUUCCUGACAUCAAGAGGUUUCUUAACCUCGGCAGCGAGGGUCUGAACCCGUACGCCGCCAUGGCCGUCAUAUUGGUCCUGAGUGAGAGCGUGGGUGACGUGCAGGCCCUGGUCUCUCUGCUCUCACACUGCAUGUCACGGACGGCCAUCACAGAGUACCUCAGCCACAUGGCCACCAUGCUGCUCGCGAUGGAAAGGAACAAAAUCAAGAUUAACUUCAGGUUGCAUUACAACAUCUACUACGUGCUUCAUUUGAUGGAAAACGGUCCCUUUUCCGUCAGUUCUGGCCAGAGCGGAAUCCCUCAGAUUCAGCUCACACGAGAGCAGCAGGAGAUCCUCAGCCAUGACAUCCAGAGCCAUCAUGUGGUCAAGAUAGUGGCGUUCGCAGGUACGGGAAAGACGACCACGUUGGUGAAAUACGCCGAGCAGCGCCCGCACCUUCGCUUUCUCUAUGUAGCUUUUAACCACUCUGUGGCCUCUGAGGCGCGACGCCGCUUCCCUCCCAACGUGGACUGCAAGACGGCCCAUUCCUUAGCCUACAAUGAUGUCGGGAGGAGGUAUGCGCUUAACAAAAAGCUCACCUUCAACGUGAAUGCGUUCUCCAUCAAUUUUGCUCUGACUCCUGGGGCCGCAGGCUUCAGCAGAGCUAAAGUGGUGGCUACGAUUCUGAAUUCCUUCAUGGCCUCGGCACACCCGGCCAUCGGCCCACAGCACGUCCCCUAUGACUAUGCCGUCAACAAGGGCUACAGGCAGGUCAUAGGGCCUGAUGAGCAAAGGUUUUUUAUUGAAGAGGCAAAGGCGAUCUGGAACAAAAUGAAGGACCUUAAGGAGAAAUCAAAACAGGCCUACUACAUGCCUCAUGAUGGUUACCUGAAGUUAUGGCAGCUCAGAAACCCAAAGCCCUGCCUGUCUGACCGAUACGAUGUCAUUUUCAUCGAUGAGGCUCAGGACUGCACACCAGCCAUCAUGGACGUCCUGCUUUCCCAGCGCUGUGGGAAGAUCCUGGUUGGAGACCCCCACCAGCAGAUCUACACCUUCAAAGGGGCGGUCAACUCCCUCGGCUCAGCUAGCCACUCACACAUCUAUUACCUCACUCAGAGCUUUCGGUUCGGGUCGGAGAUCGCCUUUGUGGGUGCAGCCAUCCUCAAAGUUUGCAAAGGGGUCCAGAAGAUCCUGGUGGGAGGAAUGCAGAAAAGUGGCGUGUGCGAUGAGACGGCAGAUAAAGCCUUGGAGGCCAUGAAGAACGGGGUGAGCUGCAGCCGAGGGAAGAUCGCCAUCUUGGCGAGGUGUAAUCUGGGCGUCUUUAAAGGGGCGGUCCAACUAUCGGAUGCCAACCAGCAGUGCCGGAUCCACUUCAUUGGAGGUGUCAAAAACAUCGGGCUGGAGAAAAUAAUGGACAUCUACCACCUGAUGAAGGAGGCAGGACAGGAAGCCAAAAAAAAAGCCAUCAAGGACCCCCUCAUCAGGUCCUUUACCUCCAGUAAGAAAAAAGAACCCUACUUGGCCUUUAAGGACUACGUCACACAAACCGAGGACAAGGAGCUGGACGGGAAACUGACCAUUGUGGAGCAAUACAGGGACCGCGUCCCUGCGCUGGUGGCCCGGCUAAAGGCGUGCUAUGAGAGCGACCUAAAGGGUGCAGACUUCAUCGUUGGAACUGUCCACAAGGCCAAAGGUCUGGAGUUUGACACAGUGAUCAUCAGCGACGACUUCGCCACCCUCCCCGCCUCCCGUCACAACCUACACCGCCUACCAGACUUCCUGUUUUCUCAUAUUCUCAGCGAUGAGUGGAACCUGCUGUAUGUGGCGGUGACUCGCGCCAUGACUUCCCUGGUUAUUACCAAAAACAUCCUUCGCAUCCUAACGGUGGCUGGGGAGUACUUCCUGAAGUCCCAGAUGCCCAGCUCUUUGACGGCGGGCAACAAUCCUCUGCCCUGCUCCAUCUCUGAAUGUCCAAACUGCAUCACGCCCGGCUCGGCCUUCAUCAUGUCCCGACAGAAGAAGCAAUGUACUGAAUUUGUGACUGAAGGAGGCCCACUCUGCGAGAGGUGUGUGUGGACUCGCAUCGGACCUACAGCCUUCCUCAUGACCGACGACGUCCUCUCCAUGGCGGAAAUCCCAGAGGGGUUCCACUUCCCCAUCCACCAUCCGUUCUUCCCUGACCUUUUCUUUUAGUUUUAACACUCAGGACACAAAAUAAAAACUGUCUUUUAUACCCUCUUUUUUUCUUCAAGUGAAACUAAUCCUCUGUGUUAAAAUUGUCGAUUGGUCGCCAGAGACACAGAUUAGAUUUUUCUAAUUUUCUGUCAAAGAAAAACAGAAACAAAAAAAAAACUUUAUAAUUUGUAUAUUUUUACGUUGAAGAUUUUUAACUGCUUUUUACAAUCCUGUUUAACUGUAAGUUUCUUUUUUUUAUAAUAGUAAAAAAAUACAACAAUGACUUUUUCUUUGA